AUGGCGACAACCACAGUUGUAGAAGCACCAACCAAGGCGCCGGAAACGCACGAACUGCACGCAGUCAACGAGGAAACCAUCGAAGCUGGAGCCCCUCCACCUCAAAACGUGACUGAAGCAGUCUCCAGCAUCGAACUGACUCCUAAAGUCCAGCUCAAGAUCUUCAGUGCGGCUAUCGCGUUCUUCAAUGCUGGCGUCAAUGAUGGCAGUCUCGGAGCCUUAAUCCCCUACAUUCUCCGCCACUAUGACAUCUCCACGGGCUGGAUGGCCAUUCCAUACGGCGUCUCCUUCUUCGGCUGGCUCCUUGCAGCUUUGGUCAUCGCGUAUAUCCGCCUGUCGUUCGGCGCAGGUGGCGUACUGGCCCUUGGUGCACUUCUGCAACUUCUUGCACAGCUUGUACGAUUCUGGACCCCUCCAUUCGGCCUGCUAGCCUUUUCGUUCUUUCCAAUCUGUCUCGGCCAAGGCUUGCAAGACUCGCAGGCGAACAACUUCGUCUCGAUGAUCGUCAAGGCACAUCGAUGGCUAGGCUUGAUACAUGGGAGCUAUGCUGUUGGCGGUCUUUGUGGUCCACUCAUAGCAUCAGCAAUUGCAUCGAACCUCAAUGGGAACUGGGCCGCAUUCUACUAUGUGCCUACUGGUAUCGGUGCACUCAACCUUGCGCUUUGCAUCUACGCAUUUCGCGAUGACAUUACGAUUGGAAAGAAGACCUCCACAACAGAACACCAAUCAUCUCCUACUGGACAGCGACGAAGCCGGGUGGCGUGGACGGAGCUCAAAGCAGCAUUGAAACAGAAACCAGUCUGGUUGCUCAGUGCUUUCUUCUUUCUCUACAUAGGCGCAGCACUUACUAUGGGAGGCUGGAUCGUUGAGUAUCUGGUUGAAGUGCGAGGAGGCGACCUUUCCCAAGUCGGCUAUAUCGGCGCUGCAUACAAUGGUGGCACAGCACUUGGACGCUUUCUUCUCGCUGAGCCGACAUUCCGAUUCGGAGAGAAGCGUAUGGUCAUGCUGUACACCCUCACUUGUGUGGUCUUGCAGGUCGUCUUCUGGCGGGUGCCCAACAUCAUUGCCAACGCAGUCAUCGUCUGCAUCAUGGGCUUCUUCCUUGGGCCACUCUUCGCCACGGGAAUCUCUGUCGGCUCCAAGCUGAUGCCGCAUGAAGUCCAACAGUCCGGUCUUGCUGUAAUAUUCGUCAUGGCUCAAGCCGGAGGCUCUGUAUUUCCAGCCAUCACUGGUGUCAUUGCUGCUGAGGGUGGUGUUGGUACUCUGCAGCCUAUCUUGAUCGGACUCCUUGCUGCUUUGGCUAUCAGCUGGUUCCUGGUGCCGAACCCAACGAAGCUCUCCACACUUUGAUCGGUCACUACCAGCAUGUUCAUCCGGCGCUUGCGACUGACAGACUCUGCACCGAUAUCUCGUCUGUCAAGUCAUCAGGGCCUGCUUCCAGCUCGAGCGAGCCAACAUCCUCAAUCUCCCAGAAUGGCACGCUCAUAUUUUCAGACUGCGACGCAAUCGUGUCAGCGGCAUAAUCGAAUUCGCCCGUGAAGCCCCAGGCUGCGUUCGCUCGAUGGGCAGCAAGCGCAAUGAAGUCCAGCACGCAAUCGAAGUCUUUCCGGAAAC